AUGCCUACGGCAACGAAAAGAUUGACGUUCUUAACCAGCUUUGUCACAAGCUUGGGGGCUUUAAUCGUAAUUUGUUCUAUUCUCACAACUCAAGAAUGGAUCCGCAGUACGGUUGUCAUUAGUGAGACUUCUUCGAAUGGUAGUGUGAUUAUCACCUACGGACUCUUUCGUGGGAAGAGUAUUCAAGAAUUGAAUCAUGGACUUGCAGAAUCAGACAAAAAUUUUGAAGUUUUAGGAACAUUGAGCAGUUCUUCCCCAAAGACUCUGCACUUGGUGGUCAUCCUGUUCCUGGUCCUUAGUUUGUUCACUUCGCUGUUGAGCUCUGUGUUCACCUUCUACAACAGCUUCAGCAACCCCUAUCAGACGUUCUUGGGACCGAUGGGGGUGUACACCUGGAACGGACUCAGCGCAUCCUUGGUAUUCAUAAGCAUGGUGCUCUUUGUGGGGAACACACAAUCCAAUCAUCUCUCAGAGGAGCUGGCCCAGAGGCUCUACCCACUUUAUCCAGCAGUCACUCACCAAGGAACCUCCCACAGUUACGGAUACUCAUUCUGGCUCACCCUGCUCGUCAUUCUUCUAAACAUAGUCACCGCGGUCAUCAUCGCCUUCUUCCAGAAGGCCAGAAAGCAGUGGAAGAAGGAGCAGAAAAAGCCCAUGGAAUAUGCCCCAAGGGAUGGAAUUUUAUUCUGAAUUCUGUACCCGCGUUUGGUGGUUAGGUCUACUCUGUUGUACGCCAGCUCCCCGAGCAGUAACUGGCUGGCUUGUCUGGGUGAUCGGCAGGUAAAGUGCAGGCCUGUUUGACUGUCAUUCUGUGACAGCUUUUGUAUCUCAUGACACUAUGUUCUUCAUAACUGAUGUACCCUUGAAAAAGGAUUCUUCCCAUGAGGGUGGGGAAGACGAAAAAGAAAGCUCUCCAGUCCUUGUAGUGUUCAAAGCAGUAGAAUGAUUGUGAGU